AUGGUUCAGCUGAUCCACGAUUCUACCGGAAGAGAUAUAACCACCUUUCUCCAUCUGGACCGCGGUUCUGAGUUGGUCGAUCACCAUUGCUUUUUCUUCUUCGAGGGACCUAGGUCGCACGUUCACCACUCAUCAUUCGAAACGCAUGAUUUCGACACACAAGUGCUGGGUCACGACUGGCUCCGUAGCAAGGGGUAUGAAAACUGCUGGGGCGUUGGACGUCAUAUCAUGGGCAGUCAGAUCUUCGAUUAUUGGUUUGACACCUCUCGUUUCAUCAUCGAGCAUUACGUGGAUGGUGAUUUAGUAAAUGACCAACACCAAACGAAUCGAUCCCUUGCUACACCGGAUAAUUUGCACGUUUGGGGUCCCGACCUUCCUCCUACCUUCCUGCAGUAG